GAACUAAUGAAUUUUCAUUUAUUGUAUCUUUAAUGCGAAUAAAUCAUUUGAAUCCUGAUCCCCAAAUGGAUCACAUAUGUAUGGGAUCAUUGAUCUCUCGAAAACAUAUUUUAACUUCUGAACACUGUAUAUCAACAGAAAGUCCAGAAGGAAUACAAAUAAUCGUUGGGUCCACAAAUUUAUAUGAAGGUAAUGCAUAUUUUAUAUAUUGGUGGAUUUCCUACGACCAAUGGGCAACUGUAAGAGAAAUCCAACUUGAAUUUUUGGAAAAUGAUGUAGCUAUUAUACGUUUAUUGAACAUUGUACCUGCAACGAUUAACUUGGCACGUAUUUCGGCUGGUCACAAUACUGAUUUUUACAACAUAGUUGUUCAAACAGUGGGAUGGGGUUCUGAAAAUGAUAGUGUAGCUAAUAAUAGGUUACAAGCAGUAUCACUACGUGUCAUAACAAAAGAAAAUUGUGAAAGUCGUAUAGGAAGAUUGUUGAAUCAAGAAAUUUAUAUUGAGGAACAACAAACUGUCUGUACUAUUGCCAAUCCAUAUGCAUUAUUAAGUUGGGGUGACAGCGGUGGUCCUCUUUUGAAUGCAAAUAGCAUUAUAGCUAUUAACAGAGGAAUAUGUCCGGAAGUAGCAUUAGGUGAUCCUAAUGUUGUAAAUUACCAUAUUGGUAUUGCGUAUUACAGACCGUUUAUUUUGGAACUUUUAUAUUUUUCAUGUACAUAAAUAAUGUAUUAUAUCGGU